UAUCACUGAGCUCGGAGCGCCGCGCGCGCAGUAGAAGCCUCAGCCCGGUAACCUGACACCUGUCCGCCACGUCCGCCCAUAAGCCAGCCUAAAUGCGUCUGUUGGAGGUGAUCCUUCACUCGUCCUCGGGGAUGAAGAACAAACCCCAGCAGGCGGACGCGCCGCGCCGGGUGGAGCCGCACAGCUUCGAGGUGUCGGUGCAGCAGCUGAACGAGUUACUGACGGACGACGGAGGCUUUUACAGCUGGCCCACCAAACACUUCCACGAGGUGUACCCCCGGAUCUACAUCGGGAAUGCGUUUGUGGCGACAAACGUGAUGCGCCUGAAGCGCAUCGGCAUCACCCACAUCCUGAACGCGGCUGAAGGGAACUCCUUCAUGCACGUCAACACCAGCUCCCAGUUCUACGCCGGCACGGGCAUCGUGUACCACGGCGUGCCGGCCAGCGACACCGACCACUUUGACAUCAGCGUUUACUUUGAAGAAGCUGCAGAGUUCAUCGAGAAGGCGCUGGCGUCCAAGAACGGGAAAGGCAGAGUCUACGUUCACUGCAGGGAAGGCUACAGCCGCUCGCCCACUUUGGUCAUCGCCUACUUGAUGCUCUACAAGAAGAUGGACGUGUACAGCGCUCUGGCCGCGGUGCGGCAGAAGAGGGAGAUCGGACCCAACGACGGGUUCCUCCGACAGCUUUGCCAGCUGAACCAGAGGCUGGCGGCCGAGGGGAAGCUGUGGAACAAGUGAAGGUCACGGGGAACCAGGUGACCUGCGAUAGAAGUUUAGGAAAUCUGAGGUGAAGCUAAACUCAGUUGUUCAGAUUAAAGUGAAGGAACAAUCCUUGAAAUCAGAGUGGAAAAUAAAACACCCACCUCCCUCUACAGAGAGUAGAAAUACACCACACAUGUAUUUUAGCUCAGAAGUGAUUACAUACUUCAUUCCACUGUCUCCUUUCUGAACUCCUUAAAGGAUGAGAUCCGCCCACGUUUCUUCCCUGAUUAAGGAUUCAAAUCCGGAUUCUAAACAACUGGAUUUUUCCUGAAUUCUCUCCUGUUCUCCAUUUGUCUUAAAGCGAUUUUGUAAAAACAUCAGGUAACUCCAGAGAUGUUCUGCCGGAAAUCAAAUGUAGCUUUUAUAAGAACUUUUAAACAGGAAGGAAAACAUGACGACAGUUUUGCACAAACCGGGUUUUAAUCUGAGGAGUCUUAGUGUUCAGACAGAAAGGAGAUGUUGACAUUCACAGAGAAACCAGGUUGCUGCAGAAACACCAGCAUGUUUCUGUCACUGCCAAACAUCUGUCAAAGGACACUCAUCUGGAUGAUGCGGUUGUAGAAGUGGAAUAUUUUAGGAUACUGUUGUAUAUUUUUCUGUAUUUUAGGUACACAGUAUUUGCUGCUCAUAUUUCCAGAAGUAUUUCUGUCUGCAGUUUGGUGUUAUUUGUACUUUAAUAGAAAAAUACGCCUUAUAUUAUGAAUACAGAUUGUGAAGCUCAUUUCAAACAGACAAAGUCGGUAUUUAGUCAUAACUGUCAAAUGCUUAGAAGCAAAUGGAAAUAACGAAAACACUUCCUCUUAACUUAAAGUGUGAUGUUGUUUCUCAUCUUAGCUCAAAGUUUUCCAUCAUUUAAAGACCCACUCUGAUCAUCUUUUGACCUAUUUUCUCAUUGUUGUCACUGGACUUUUAAUUAUUAUUAUGAUGAUUUUAGCUUAAAAUGAAACAAAAAAAAACUGUCGUUUACUAGCACAUAGUUUCUGCAAAACAGUAGGAGGUCAUUAAAACUUUGCCUCUGAAUUGUGGGUGGGGCUGUUGGGGCGGAGCAACCCUACUUCCACUUCCUGUUCCUGAGAGUUCUUUGUUUACAUGCUCUCCCGCUGGCUUACAGCCCCUCACACCCACAACUGACAUUCCCCUGCAACAAAAAUGGAGAGAAAUAUUGAAGCCACCCAGUUCUGAUCCAGAUUCAGCUCAGACGAGGAAAACAAAGACGUUCCUGGAUCUGUUUGUCUGUAAGUGAUCAGAAUGGAGCAGAGCAGGGAGCUGGUGGCCCGCCCAGCGAUAUUGUACAUUUCUACAAAUGGGAUCUCUUUCAAACUGCAUAUUUCCGUCUGCUCCUGAUUUGAUUAAAAAAAAUAUUGAAUAAAAAAUACUCUAAAUUUUAUUUUCUUUAUCUAUGUCCUCCAUCAUCAGAAAAAUGCCACAAGAACAUUUUAAAAACCCCGUUUUCAUCAGAGUGGGUCUUUAACAUUAUAGUACCAACAAAAAACAUAUUUAAUCUUUAUUUGUGACACUAUUUUACAAGAAUGUAUCUGUAAUUAAUAAUAGUGUAAAGAGGCAAACACCACUUAGCUUUAAAUCUGAUGAAUGAAACGAACGUCUCUCACGUGUACAAUGUUGGACUCAUAAGUGAAUCUUCACACUGCCAGAAGUAAAUAUGACAAACAUCUGUGUCCGUGUUUGUGUCACUGUAAAUGCUGCUUUUGUACUGCAUGCCUUUUCAGAACCAUGAGCCAAAGUGUUGCUUGGUGUGAACACCGCUGCAGGUGGUGCAGUCUUCAGGGUGUAUCCGUGUAACCUGUCGUGUGCGUCGCUACGUAAGCUGUGAUGUCGACUGAGGGUCGACCUGUCAGAGUCUCAGUGAGCUUAACACUGCUGUAUCAAAGUGCACUUUAUUUAAAGAAACUUGUGAUUGUGACUCUUUCAGACGUUCAAUAAUAAAGUUUAUAAAAGUCAGAAA